AUGUCUCCCUUAUUUUCAACCCUUUCUUUCUUCCCUCCCUCCCUCCCUCUUUUCAUCCAUCCAUCUAUCGAUCUUCUAGCCGUGCCUUCAACAGCAACAGAAAUGAGGCUCCAUGGCGACGCCUUCUUCUUCUUCUUCUUCUUCUUCUUCUUCUUCUUCUUCUUUCUGUUUCGGUCUGUUCAUUAUUGGUCUAUACCAAUCUGCUCAUUAUCUAUCUAUCUAUCAAUCAAUCUAUCUAUCUAUCUAUCUAUCUAUCUAUCUAUCUAUCUAUCUAUCUAUCUAUCUCAAUACAUUCAUUAUCUUUCUACGUCAAUCAAUCUAUCUAUCUAUCUGUUUCAAUACAUUUAUUAUGUUUCUGUAUCUAUCUAUCUAUCUAUCUAUCUAUCUAUCUAUCUAUCUAUUCAUUACCUGUCUACCCCAAUCUAUCUAUCUAUCUAUCUAUCUAUCUAUCUAUCUAUCUAUCUAUCUAUACAUUCAUUAUCUUUCUACCUCAGUCAGCCUGUCUGUCUGUCUAUCUAUCUAUCUAUCUAUCUAUCUAUCUAUGUCUGCCAACUGAUGACCCAGUUUAGAUCCUCCGGUAUCUAUCUAUCUAUCUAUCUAUCUAUCUAUCUAUCUAUCUAUCUAUCUAUCUAUCUGCGUCUGUUCUUGAAAUACUAUUCUUAA